AUGACCUCGCGGGCGCACAACUCUCACACCUGUUGGUCAUCACUUUUCCAGAACCUUCAACCGCUCAUCCUGGAAUUAGGGAAAUAUUGGCAUGGAUAAAGCAUUAUUAUUGCUAGAUACAACGGAAGAAGGACAAUACAGACCAUGCCAACUCCUGCCGUUUUGGCGGCCGCUAUAAAUAUUUUCCCUGAGGCUCCAUAAACCCAUACCAAGAGCAGAUCGACAAGGGAAAUGUUUAUUCAUUUGAAAGAAUUAUAUAUCCGCGAUCAUGGAUUAUUUCAGCAAGGAGCAAAUUUCAGUUCCCUUCGCCACAGCCAUAGCCAAUAACGGCGAAAUAACCAGGCUCCCGCCCAUUCAUAUAUCUACUCUGGAUUUCUCACCGCUAUUUUGUUUGAUAGAGAGUCCAUAGUUCAUCUUCAGAUUUUCUGGACGAAUUAUGCAAGAUUUUGGGUGUUACGCUGAAGCUCUCCAUCCACGCCCAAGCUGUGGACGGACAGAAACUGCUGACCAGAAAUUACCGAGGAAGCUACAACGGCGGCGACGAACUUCCGACGCCGCUGUGGUCCUAUUGGACGGGGCUACCUCCGUUCCCAGCUUCAGAAAGAUGUGCCACAACCUCUGGGUAGGGCUGACCCCGGAGACAAGAGAAUGGUCUGAAGAGCUGCCAGAGGUUGAACAGCAACGAAGAAGGGCGUCUGAAAGUUUACGAAACAAAGCAUGGAGGACCAACUAAAGGAGCGGAGCGGCCAAGCCAAGAAACCACGAAGCGAGGCCGAACUUGGGGUGGAAAACAGAGCACUGUUACUCGUUAAACUUACAGGAUUUAUACACCAGGUCGAUAGCUAGAAGAGCAGAAUGGACCCUCUUUGGGGAAUCGACGAAGUGGACAUCGCAUGUCAGUCGGAGUAGGCACCGGGCAUGCGGAUGUACGCUGUUUUCACCGUCACUUUGAUUUGGCUAACACCACCCUCAUACGCGUCGCCAGUUGAAUUUGAAUUCUGUGGCAAAUGACUCUUUCUAGAACAGAAAGGCGGAAUACCCAUCGACAAAUGUUAAAAGGGUCCCAUCUCAAACCGAGGAGGUUCCCCGCUGCAAUGCCAUGAAGAAAUUCAUUUUGCUGUUGUCAAUGCUUUUCAAGUGCAUUGGUUGUCUCAAAUCAGCUAUCUGAAAAAGAAAUAGAGGAGACUUUCAAUGUAAAUGGCUCUUGAGAGUCAGUUUACCCAGCUCUAUUUCAGUGCUGCCAGAACAAGCUGCAGGCGUUGAAAACUGAGCAAGAGAUACCAGUGUAACCUACCUCUGCAUCUUGAACUGAGCAGAAGCUAAGCUUCAGUAUCCUACUUGCGCAGAAUCCACCAGCAUCCUGGAGUCAGCUGUUUUACCCUACCUACUACUCUCCUUGUGGCCUAGAUGGCCAACGGGUCCAGUCUAGCGAGAUGAGAUAUUAGGCAAGCUGUGCGGUCUCCCUUGGCUGUGAUUGUUUAGAAUGCACUGAUAUAUUGUUGCAGUAGGACAAUGCUGGGUUCAUUUCUAGUUCACCAGCUGACUGGAAAAUGAAUACCUAUGGUUUAAGCUCCAGUUUCAACUAGAGGCCAUGUCCAAUGAGUGCUCGCUCACUUUAGCUCAAUGACAGUUUGUCUCACGUACAUAUUUAGCAUGUACGUAGUUUAACUAGCACACUGCAUGUACUGUAUGGUAUUUACUACGCGCAAUAUAUUGAUUUUCAAUUUUGGAUUGGAGCAUCAGUUGGAGUGUUCAGGUUCAAAGCUAUGAGUAACUCUGAGUUCACUUUGUUUCUGAUCCCAAGCCUUCUUGCAAUCGAGAUUAGGAUAAAAAAAUACAAAGGGACUUGCUGGUAUAAAAACAGGUUGAGUUCCCUUUACUUUUUAUUGUUUUCUUUCGAUAUCUCACGGUAGAGAGCUGCUGACUGAGAAAAUCACCGGAGCCCCCGUUG